CCUUUUUAUAAUGCAAACAAUAACAUCUGAUGUUGUGUUUGACUAAGGAGAGUUGUGGGCAAUUAGCAGCCCCAAAGAACACAUGGAGAAUCUGUAAGGAUGAGCUGAGCUACAGACAAGGUGCCAGAUCAGUAUGGUACAUUAAGUCCUUAAAAAGCUGGUGGUAAAAAAUAUAAGCAAGCAGGAUGGGGAACUUCACAUUUAAUUGAACUGUAAAAAACAUCAGUUUGGCUGUGGCUAGCCUAAGUGACUUAAAUUAAUAACUCAUCAAUUCAUAACUGAAUUGUCUUUGGAUAAUCUCAAGAUUAUUUUCUUUUUCUUUUUUUUUUCUUUUUUUUUGUUGUUGUUGCAACAACAUAGCAACAAUUCUGCUGAUUUUCUUAUGUAAUCUACAGCGUCUACGUACAUCAUCUUCUGCCAUGAAGUUGUUGUUUAAAUUACAGACUCUAAAAUCCUUGUGGACUCUGAAGCCUCCUAAUAGGACUUUCCACGGACACCCCAGGCUGCUUGCCUCUGAUGUAUAUUCACAGUACGAGUCUGUCAGGCGGGGCGAACAGGAAAUACCAAAGUACUUUAACUUUGCAAGUGAUGUACUGGACAAAUGGUCUGAGAUUGAAAAGGCUGGAAAAAGACCAUCAAACCCUGCCUUUUGGUGGAUAAAUGGAAAAGGAGAAGAAGUGAAGUGGAGCUUUGAGGAGCUGGGGUUCCUGUCUCGGAAAGUGGCCAAUGCGCUGACUAAAGUAUGCGGACUGCAGAAGGGGGACAGAAUUGUUGUGAUCCUGCCACGAAUCCCAGAAUGGUGGCUGGUGAACGUGGCUUGCAUGCGAGCAGGAAUUGUCUUAAUUCCGGGAAUAUCCCAAUUAUCAGCCAAAGACAUAUUAUAUCGACUCCAGGCGUCAAAGGCCGCAUGCAUCAUUACCGAUGACACACUGGCUCCUGCCGUGGACUCAGUGGCAUCUGAGUGUCAGUUUCUGAAAAGCAAGCUAAUCGUGUCCAAAGGCAGGCGGGAGGGAUGGCUGAACUUCACUGACCUGUACAAAAACCAAUCUGCUGACCAUUCCUGCGUUAAAACAAGGAUUCGAGACUCAAUGAGUAUCUUCUUUACCAGUGGAACCACGGGUUCUCCAAAGAUGACUGAACAUUCCCAGGGUAGUCUUGGUUUCAGACCCCUUUUAAGUGAAAGGUACUGGUUGGAUUUGACUCCCUCAGACGUGAUAUGGAACACAGCAGACACAGGAUGGAUAAUGGCUUCACUGGCAUCUGUUUUUGAUCCCUGGGUUUUUGGAUCAUGCAUCUUUAUACAUAGACUACCACAGAUUGAAUCAGCAGCCAUCCUAAAUACUCUCUGCAGAUUCCCCAUUGACACACUGGUUGGUGCUCCAACAUUGUUCCGCAUGCUGGUGCAAAAUGAUCUCUCCAACUACAAAUUCAUGAACCUGAAGCACUGCAUAAGUGGAGGGGAGCCACUCAACCCAGAAGUCAUCGUGCAGUGGAAAAGCAAGACUGGGCUGGACAUCCAUGAAGUAUAUGGCCAGACCGAAACGGGAGUAAUCUGCUCUGUUUUUAAAGGAAUGAAGAUUAAACCUGGAUCAAUGGGGAAGGCAGCUCCCUUUUAUGAUGUUCAGAUCAUAGACAAAAAUGCUAAUAUUCUGCCUCCAGGACAACAGGGGGAAAUUGCUGUCAGAAGCAAACCGAUAAGACCACUUGGUUUGUUCUCUGAAUAUGUAGAUAACCCUAAGAAAACAGCAGAAAGUGAACGUGGGGACUUUUAUGUCACUGGAGACAGAGGGACUAUGGAUGAAGAUGGGUAUUUUCAGUUUAUUGGAAGAGACGAUGACAUCAUCAUUUCUUCAGGGUAUCGCAUUGGGCCAUUUGAAGUAGAGAGUGCCCUGAUAGAGCACCCAGCAGUAGCAGAAACAGCUGUUGUCAGCAGCCCAGAUGCCCUCAGAGGAGAGGUUGUGAAAGCAUUUGUGGUCCUGUCCCCGACCUUUUCAGCCAGUGACCUGGAGAGCUUAACCUGUGACUUGCAGGAGCAUGUCAAGAAAACUACCGCUCCAUAUAAAUACCCUAGAAAGGUGGAAUUUGUCCAAGAGCUGCCAAAGACAGUCACUGGGAAGAUCAAGAGGAAUGAAUUAAGAAACAAAGAGUGGGGACGGAUGUAGUAUUGUUUGGAAUUUAACAGAACUUCUUUCAUUCUGUUAAAACUAUAUAAAUUUCUCUGAUAGAACUGCCCUCCUUCUGACCUAUUUUUGUUAAAUGCCUGAGCAUCAAAAACUAUAGAUAAGACCAAGAUGUGAUGUUUGUGCCUGCUUGCAAAACUUCUAAUGUCAGUACCAUGGUUUCCGUUCCUGAAGCACUGCUGGGAAAGAGAACAAACCAUACAACUCCGUUCUAGUCCUGAAUGUCCAUAGGUUCACCAGAAUUUGGCUGGUGACCCAUCUCUUUUAGAUAGCAUCCAAGAUCAGUGAAGAGAUGUUGCUGAUAUCGAUUGUCUAGCUCCAAGCUGCAGAAAAGGGAGGCAUGGAUUUGAGUGGUUCAAAUGCUCUGUCCUUAAAUGCAGCAUGUUUAAACUGAAUGCAGCUCUCCUAUCAUUUACUGAAGAUGGAAAGACUCCUCUUUAUUGACACUACCAUUUGACCUUCAUAAACCUUUCUUGUUUAAUACAUGUGUUGAUGACAAGCAGUGCCAGCUUCUCCCAUGCUUUUUCCACAAAUACUCUCUCAUACAGAGGUAGCUUCAUUGUUCGCCCUCUGUUCUGAUCUUUGCACACAAUACGAAAAAACGAAACUCCUGUACCACUUCUGGUGGUCUUUAAAAUGAAGUUUGCUGUUUGGCAGGUGACCCAAUUUGUAGAACAGACCAUGGUUCUUUGCCAUAGUAGACACUUGCUACAGGAUCAGUCUAUUUCUGCAGCCACUUAAAGGUGAAACCAGUGAAAAAACUCCCUUGAUCUGCUUUGGAUGAUCACAUCUCUGUUUAACAUUUAGCUCUUAGCUUUAUGAAGAAGCAUGUAUUGUAGUUUACACACCCUUACUUCUUACAGUUGCACAUGCUAGAGUGGGCCAGAUUUCAAGGCUAUAUCAGUUCUUGGCUGUUCAUCCUCAGGUUUUGUUAAUUUUGUGUACUGAAUGAAGAUUUCCUUUUCUGGUGUGAAUUUUCAUUAUUUGACAAAAACGUCUCCAGCCUUGGAGUCCUCUUCUAUUCAUUAAAUAAGAAGGUAUUGUUGGAGAACAAUAACAUCUUUAGGCAGGAAAGAAGGUCUUUUACAGCUGUGUCUCACUGCCUGCAGUUCUGUGUCUAUUGCAGCUGUAAAGUGAGAUUUGGAGAACUGUAAUUUUGAGAAAGUAAAAUAUUUUAUUUCUUGAGAGUAAACACUUUGCUUAUGUCAGUGAAACAAUUUCUGUACUAGCAACUGCUGAAAUGAAAGCAAUUGUCAAUAAAUACAAUGUUUACUUCAUU